AUGCCGACAUGCAAUCAUUGCGUUCCUCAGAACUGCGAGUUCGCUCAGUGGAGCAAAUGGUACGAUGCCGGCGGAUGUACUGGCCUGUGCUUUCGUCAUAGGGCACUUGCCCAGCCGAACAACGAGUGUGGACGACCUUGCAGCGGAGUUCAGGAAGACACGAAGCCGUGCUUCAAAACAGAGUGCUCACGGAAGCCUGAACAGGAUGCGAUGUUCGGCUCUUGGUCUGAGUGGGGCUUGUGCGAUUCCGGCCAGAGGGACCGCCACCGUGAAGUGGCGACGCAAGCGGCCCACGGAGGGCGCUCCGUGGAAGGCCCGCUGCGCGAGGUUCAGCCGUGUGGCCAGGGCCAUGUCGUCGACUGCGAGAUGAACCAGUGGAAUGCCUGGACGACCUGCAGUUGCACCUGCGGUCAGGGAUGGCAUACCAGAGAUCGCCGCAUCAUUCGCUUCUCAGCCAAUGGAGGGAAGCCUUGCGUUGGAUCCACUCGCGAGGAACACCCAUGCAACGAACAGCCAUGCAAUGGUCUGGCUUGUCAGUUCAGCCCAUGGUCCAGCUGGGCUGGAUGUGAUGGAUACCGCCCAUUUCAACGAGAUCGCCACCGACGGGUUGAGCAACCGGGUUCCAACGGUGCCGGCUGCAGUGGGACGACUCACGAGAUGGAGGGUUGCACCAGCCACGGUCCUUCUGACUGUGUCAUAUCGCAGUGGGAGCAAUGGUCAUCAUGCGACAAGCAUUGUGACGGAGGUCAGCAAGUUCGACAUCGGAAAUUGAUUCAUCCUGCUCACAGCGGAGGCACGUGCGCGCAGUCGAAGAUGAAGCAGAUCCGGGGUUGCAACACGCAGUCGUGCCACUCCAAUCAGAAUGACUGCAUCCUCUCGCCGUGGCGCUCGUGGAGUGCCUGCACAGCACAGUGUGAAGAUGGCGUCAGGAAGCGUGAGCGCGAGGUGCUGCAACGUGCCGGUGAGGGAGGUCGAGGGUGCAGCGGCGUCAUGAUGCAAGUGGUAUCCUGCACGGGACCCGGCUGCGGCGAACAAGACUGCCAGUGGGGACCGUGGGAUUCGUGGAGUGGCUGCUCCUGCAGCUGUGGAGGUGGGACGAAGCGGAGGAAUCGACAGGUUCAGGUUUCCCCAAAAGGUGGAGGAGAACUCUGCGACCCAGUCGACAAGUCUGAAGCAGCUCCGUGUAAUCAGCACCGAUGCUUCGAGCGCUGCACCGAUGCCCGGUGGUCAGAAUGGAAGCAGUGGUCCGAAUGUUCGGCUUCCUGUGGCUAUGGCUUCAAGUUUCGACAUCGAAGCCAUCAAGUGCAGGCAAAUUCCUGUGGCAGGCCAGCUACAGGCCGUGGCCAGGAGUGGGACGUGUGUGAAGGUUCUGGUGUUGGCAGUGCGGUAUGCGGGGACCGGGAUGGCCGGCUCUCUGCCUGGAAUGAAUGGUCCGACUGCAGCUGCACUUGCUUCGGCAUUCGUGAGCGGCAGAGGAUUGUGGAGCAAUACCACUUCGGGAACGGAAAGCCAAUCCCUUUCGCACCAUUGAAGCAAAUCCAGCCGUGCCAUCCAGGCCCCCGUGAGUCAGCUCCCAGUGAGUGUGUUCACCACCAUGCGGACUGCAAGUUGAGCCAGUGGAAUGAGUGGACUGAAUGUCCUGUCACCUGCGGCGGUGGAAACAAGAUGAGGCUGCGGUACAUCUUCACACCGGCCUCAAACAAUGGACGCCCUUGCCAGGCCUCCUUAAGAGAGACGACACCCUGCGCUACCAAUCCAUGCGGGGAGGGCUGCGUGGAUUGUCUGUGGGGCCACUGGUCCGAAUGGGGCGCAUGUUCCAAGUGUGGUGAUCAGAGAUUCAGACAGCGCGACAUCAUGAAACUCGCCAACCACUGCGGCAAGAGGUGCGAGGCUCGAGAUGCCAAGGAGGUGUCCAACUGCACCAGUCAAUGUGACAGCAUGAGCUUCUGCGUGUGGAAACCAUGGACGUCCUGGAGUGGGUGCAGUGCGGACUGCGGCCCGGCUACAAGAUUGCGGGAGCGGUCUCUAGGCCUUGUGCAAAACAAACCCUACGAGUACCUCUUCAAGGUGGCACACGAUUCGUACGCAGGUCUUUGUGCCGGGACACAGACGGACACUGAAGCCUGUCCGACGAGGCCUUGUGACAAUCGUUGCGUUCCAACAGAUUGCACUUUCUCGCCGUGGGGCGAAUGGCAUCAACCUUCAUGCAUCGGUCUUUGUACCAGGUCUCGCAGCAUUGCCGUCGUGAACAACGAGUGUGGAGAGCCUUGCCACGGCCCCUUGGUUUCCACCAAGAGGUGCCUCGAAGAGUGCACGGAGGUUGUGGAUUGUGAGUUUCGCAGCUGGUCACACUGGUCCCAGAUGGAUCGCUCCGGGCCAGGAGCACUGAGGUAUCGUUCACGCGAGGUGAGUCAGAUGCCCAGGAACGGCGGGAAGCCAUGCGAAGGCGACAUUCGGGAGGUUGACUCCUUCUGCGAAGAGAAUGACCACCUGCAACAUUGCCGACUCAUCUCCUGGUCUGAUUGGGUAAGCUGCAGCAAGACUUGCGGAGGCGGUUGGCAGCUCCGCACGAGGGCCGUAGCGCAGCCCGCACGGAACGGAGGACAACCCUGCCAAGGAGACCUGUCCGAGGGACAGACUUGUGCAGAAUUCCCAUGUCAGGAAGGGGACUGCAUUUUGGCUCCAUGGAGCAGCUGGGGCGAUUGCUGGGGCGGACAGAGGACACGAAGCCGUCGCGUGCAGCGGGAGGCUACGGCUGGAGGGCGACCAUGUGGUGGUCCUGGCAGCCCCGUCCUUUUGGGUGAAACUCGGCCGUGCAGCCAACAUGGCAUGGAUUGCCAGGUCUCCGCAUGGAGCGCCUGGGAUUCCUGCGACAAAUCAUGUGGUGGUGGUGAGCAGCAGCGACACCGGCAGGUCCAGGUCUACCCCAUGCACGGCGGAUUGCCGUGCCCCACCUCGCUCCGAGAGCUCCGCGCGUGUGGCAGCUACUCCUGCGGAACUGUGGAUUGCGAGGCAACUGCCUGGACAGAGUGGGGAGCCUGCUCGGUGCAGUGUGGUGCCGGUCAGCAGCAGCGAGAUCGACAGAUUGCCAGGUCGGCACAAGGAGAAGGACGAAAGUGUAACUUCAUCCUCUCGGAGACUCGCGCAUGUCGGGACAGCGGCGGGUCAACGGGCUGUGGCAUGGUGAAUUGCCUCUGGGGUGACUGGUCAAGUUGGAGUGGCUGCACAUGCUCGUGCGGCGGUGGCCAGCGCACUCGCAAUCGGCACAUCGCUCAAUCGCCUCAGGGCGGAGGCGGCCGAUGCGAAGCAAAGCACAAGGAGGAGAUCGGCGCUUGCAACACGCACAGCUGCGCAGAGACUGCCUGCCGCGAUGGAGCCUGGGGCGAGUGGCAGGAGUGGUCACCCUGCUCUGCCUCCUGCACCGGAGGCUUACGAUACCGUCAUCGACGGAUGGAGCACGAGGCCAAUGAAUGCGGCCGACCUGCUGAAGGAUUCUCGCGGGAUGUGGCUCCUUGCAACCAGAAUGUGCCGUGUGCUGGGGACGUCAACUGCCAGUUUGAUUCCUGGACUCAGUGGAGUGCAUGUACCAGGACUUGUGAUGGCAUCAAGCGCCGCUCUCGCAGGAUUGCAGUACAUGGUCGGGGCAGGGGUGAGUGGUGUGUUGGUGCCACCAAGGAGACGUCGCCAUGUGCCCCAAGCCCAGGGGCCCCUGCGCCCAUCGCUUGCCAGCCUGUGCAUGCGCGAGACUGCGUCAUCAGCCAGUGGUCUUCCUGGGGCCAGUGCGAUGUCACAUGUGGUGGUGGCCAAUCCAUGCGCGAGCGGAGCGUAGACCAGGAGGCCCGAGGUGGCGGCACGCCUUGCCUGGGAUCACUCACAGAGACGCGAGGAUGCCACAACCAGGAGUGCCACCAUGAAGGCCCACGGAGGGAUUGUCGUUGGGGGGAAUGGAGCCAGUGGGGUGCCUGCAACAAGUGUGGCGGUCAAAGGGAACGAUUCCGGCACGUGAUCCACGAGGCGUUGAACGGUGGUCGGCCAUGUGAGCUGGGAGCGGCCGAGGAGACAGGGCGUUGCCCUCGCAAGUGCCACGAAUCGAUGUACUGCAUUUGGUCCCAGUGGGAAUCAUGGUCCGACUGCUCUAUGUCCUGCGGCACCGGUGGCAUUCGACAUCGCCAGCGCGCGCUUGCCCUGAAGACAGAGGCGGAGGUCCGCGCUUUGGGUCUCCUCUACGAGGUCAACGAGGGCCUAGCCAGCCCUCGUUUGCCAUCGCAAGGCGCGCAAUUCCAGAUGAUCACCGCGUUUGCUGGCGGUAUCCUUGCAACCAUGGUGCUGUUGCAUCUUCCACAAUCCCUUCGCGCUUGGUUCGCGGAACGUGAUCAUAUUCCGACUUCCCAGGUCGAGUUGGCAGAGCGGCAAGGCUUCCUCAGCCGAUGGUGGGCACACAGAGAGGCGCAGAACGAUGGCUACCUGCCAGUGUCAACAGCAGUUGGAAGCGAUCUCGAUGCCUAG